AUGACUAAAACUAUCAAUGCCAGCAAAGAUGAAUUCUCUGCUAAAAAUGCUGGAAAUAAUUCCAUUUGUUGUGAAAUUUGCUUUGAACCAUUUCACAUCAUAAAACGAUUGCCAAAGUUGUUACCUUGUGAGCAUAACUUUUGCGAGCAAUGUAUUUUAUCACUUUGCUACCACCAGCAGUAUUAUUUAUUGGAUUCAAUUAAUUGCCCUAUGUGUUGUGCUGAAUUCAGUACCUCAACAGCUCUUGCUGCUACCACUAAUUAUAGUUUAUGCGAAUUACUGGAGGCAGUACAACUGCAACAAAUGGGAACCACCAAUGAUAGCAAUAUAACAGUUAUUCAUGUCCCAGACAAUAAUUGUAACACACGAAAAAGAUUAGUCGGACUACACUCCUGGCAUCGAAAUUCAAGACCAUCGAAUUCUAAAAGGUGCCAACUGAUGCAAUGUACUGAUUGUUGCCGGAAAAUGAAUGAGAAGAAGUGUCGGAAAGAAGCUCGAUUUUGCGCAGGCUGUUUUAGCACUAAAAAAGAUAACGAUGAUUGCCUGCGUGUAAUAUGUCUGGAAUGCUGUGUAAAUCGACACAAUGGUCACAAAUUGGUAACUUUGAGUGAGCUCGAAAAUGAACAUCAAAAAUUAAUUAAAGAUUUGCAUAACUUACAACAAAGCAUUCAGAAAACAAACAAAUGGAUAGAAGCCAGUUUAAAAGAGCUCAGUGAAGAUUCUAUGAUGCCUGCAACAGAUUGUGUUGCAUUGUGCAAGGCGAAAAAAAAUCUUCGGGAUGAAUGUGAAGCUGAUAUGAGGUUUGCCCUAUCAGUUUUGGAAAACGAUGGUACAACUCUUUUACCGCCUACAGCUCUCCAAAGGAUGAGACAACACCAGUAUCAUAACAGCGCCAGAUUGCAUAAAUUGUUACAUUUUAUCGAAAAAUGUAAUCAAUCAUCGAUUAAAGAAAGCCAUAAUCGAAGUAUUAAAAUGGACAAUUCAAUAUCUCACUCGUCACUGUUUUCCCUGAAUCGUCAAACGCGCAUCACUCUCUGCAAUAGCGCUUCCGACGAUCGAUCAGCGGCAGAAGCAGUUGCAGCGUUACUAAAUGUUUGUAGAUCACGCGAUGAAAAUGGAAACCGAAUGAUGGUAGUGGAAGAAGCCAUAAAAGUAAUGAGUAGGAAAAACUCAAAAAAAGCGGUACGACGGGCAGCUCUGUUGUUUUGCGCGAAACAGUUGCGCGAAUUCAUCGAUGAAAACAUCAGUAGACAAUCAAUACUUCUUUAUAUCGACGCAUAUUUGCACAUAUUUUAUCAGUUGAAUUUUCUGGUAACACAAUUUUCGCCUGAUGAAGAUGGUCAAAACGUCGCAGUAGUAACACGAUGGGACAUUUGGAAACUGAUACAAGUGGUAUACAGUGAUCUGAUGAGAUGUGCUGCUAAGCAUUGGGAGAGCGAAGAAGGUGAACGAAUAGACUUAGUAGAUGACUUGGCGUUUCUCUGUUCCCUGUACUCAGAUGUAAGUGAUGAAGCAACAAUUACAAUCUGCAUGAUUGAAGCUGCACGUGCUCGAGCUGCAACUGCAGCACUUCUCUCCGCUACCACUGCUAAUGACAACCGCGAAAAAUUGAAUGGAAUUGAGGAUGAUGGACGACUUACAAUGAAUAUUAAACUUAAUCUAAUCGAUAAGCAUCUGCUGGAAUGUCGUCGAGUACAAAAGCUUCAACGCUUACGCGCGGCUACUGUUACAAAACCGCGUGUUCGUCAACAAUCGAUGAAACAAUUAUGGAAACUUUUUGUUGCCUGUUUCAACAAGUCUUCGAAACAUUGA